AAUCCCCUCGUCCUUCCCCAAACCUCUCGUUGGCGUCGCACAGAGCAGAAGUGCGACCAGUACUCUCUCCCCAACUCCGGCGAAGGGAGCAGAAGUGUUGGCGUCAGUUGGGCGGCGGCGUCGGCAUGGACGAGGCAACGAAGAAGAAGGUGGAGGCUGCGGUGCUGGAGAUCCUCCGGGGCUCCGAUAUGGAGUCCGUAACGGAGUAUAAGGUACGCAAAGCCGCCGCCGACCGCCUCGGCAUCGACCUCUCCACCCCCGACCGCAAGCUCUUCGUCCGCGGCGUCGUUGAGGAAUACCUGCGCUCACUCUCCUCCCAGGAGGAGGCGGAGGCGGAGGAGGAGCAGGGCGGCGCUGGCAGGGAGAGCAAGGACAAGGAACAAGAGGAGGAGGAAGAGGAGGAAGAUGAUGAGGAGGAGGAAGGUAAGGGCGGCGGGAAGAGGGAGUACGACGACCAAGGAGACCUUAUCCUGUGCCGCCUGUCGAACAAGAGGAGGGUGACUCUGUCGGAGUUCAAAGGCAGGUCACUGGUGUCCAUCCGCGAGUUUUACGUGAAGGAUGGCAAGGAGAUGCCCUCCGCCAAAGGUAUUAGUAUGACGAUGGAGCAGUGGGAAGCAUUUUGCAAUGCUGUACCUGCAAUAGAGGAUGCCAUAAAAAAGUUUGAAGAUUCAGACUGAGAACUUGUUUUAGGAGCCCUCUUCUUUUGCCUGUAGCAAAUCAAAAGGCCUAUUUGUGACCCUUAACGAGGGCCCUAUGUGGGCUUGUAAGAGCUCCAAGUUCUGUAAACAGGCUUCACUUGUGCCAUGUGUAGGAUGUAGACGACUCUGUAACAGUUUGGAAUAUUUGCUACUAACAAGUAAUCCACCAUUAUGGUGGCCUGCAGUUCCCAUGCUAUGUGAUAAUCGGGAAUGUGUGCGCAAGUUCAUGAAGUUC